AUGUUUCACAAUUUAAAAAGAAAGUUUGACAAGAAAUUUAAAAUUCCAAAAUUACCAAAAGGUUCUAUUAGAUUUGACGAUAACGAAUCGUCCGGAUACAAGUUUGAAUAUAAUAAUGGUAAAGUAUCUAUUGUUUAUAUGAGCUCAAGAGAACUUGCUGCUACUGUCUCACUAUUGCAGAGAUAUUUUAACCUUCCUAAUGGAGAUAUUAUCUGGUAUCCAACAAUAGACGUUUGUGGAGAUGCAUUCCAUUUUUCACCAGCUGGAAAUGGGGUUAAAAUAGCAGCGGACGUAGUGGUGUACCCGGCUAAGUCAUACGUUCCAGACCCACCCAUUCCUGGUCUUGGACCACCCCAUGGGAAUUCUCAUGCUAGAAUAAUUUGCAUAAAGCUAUAUGAAUUACAUACAACACGAGAUCCACAGAGAAGAUUUAAUCAAAGAAUGAAGGCUAAGUUUUGGAGACAGGGGAUGGCAUCUCAGAAAUGGGAAUUUGGAACUGUACAAAAACGUAGCAAUAAUCCUACCGGAUGUAUUGCUUUAGGCAAUCCUGCAUAUCAAGUCACUAUUCUAAUAAGUAACUUAUUUUACGAUCCACAAAUACCAGGAGUAUAUACUCUACCGAUUACAUGUCCUCGUCCUGCAUUUAUGUAUGGUUAUUAUACCAUUGAUCUUUACCACAUCCAGCAAAGAGUUUUAGAGUUUCAGGAACAAUGA